CCCAGAGCCUGGGGAAGGGGAUCUGGUGCAGGAGGUGACUGGAGCCACAGCGGCGGCAGAGGCGGCGGUGGCGACGCUCUCAGCCGUAGCAGCCAAGGCUCCAGCUCCGGCCAGGGCGGCGCAAGAGACAAAAACCGGGCUGGAAACCGGACCGAGCCGGCCCCAGCUGUGAUGCUUCCUGACUGAUGAUGUUAUAACAGUGCCGAGAAGCCAGAAGGCUGCAUUUUUUAGCUGAAUACACCUGAGUUUUCCCCACCAUCAUGGAGACCCAAAAGGAUGAAGCUGCUCAGGCCAAGGGAACAACAGUCUCUAUGGAUACCCAGGAUCAAGGGACAGAGAAAGGGGCCAAAAACAAGGCAUCUGAGGCAACAGAAAGGCCUGCAUCAGAGCCACCCUCAUCUGGUCCAGGUAGGCUGAAGAAAACUGCCAUGAAACUCUUUGGUGGCAAGAAGGGCAUCUGUACCCUGCCUAGUUUCUUUGGAGGGGGACGAAGCAAAGGUUCCGGGAAAGGCAGCUCUAAGAAGGGUCUUAGCAAGAGCAAGACCCACGAUGGCCUGAGUGAAGUAGUCCAUGACCCUGAAGACAUUGUCAGUGAAGGAACCGGCCUCUCCUUACCUUUGCCUGAGUCAUCAUCCCGACUUCCCAGCUCUCAGAGUGUCCAUGGGUCUUUGGAGACAGGCUCCAGAUGCAAGAGGUCUGUGGCUGGAGCCACAGAGAAAGCUGGAGUUGAGAAGGCUCACUUUGUGCCCAAGCCAAAAAAAGGCCUGAAAGGUUUUUUCAGUAGUAUCCGCCGUCACCGAAAGAGCAAGGUCUCUGGGGCUGAGCAAAGCAAUCCAGGAGCCAAGAAGUCUGAGGGCGCCAGAGCCAGGCCUCAUGAGUAUGUGAGCUCAGCCCUUCCGUCCCACACUGAUGAGGUCCUCCAAGCCCCAAGAAAGGAAAAUGCCAAAUCCCAAGAUGUCCCUGGGCCGAAAGUUUCUUCAAUAUCAGAGACUUCUCCAGCAGCCACUGAGAAAGCAGCCUUUAAAGAUCCAGAAAAAACCUUGGAGGCCUUUGCCUCAGCACUCUUGCAGCCCAAACCUGCCCCUGAAGCCAGUGGCCCAGAGGAGCUCCAUAGUCCAGAAACAGGGGAGAAGCUUGUGGCAGGAGAGGUAAAUCCACCUAGUGGCCCUUUAGGGGAUCAGCUGAGCCUCCUCUUUGGGGAUGUCACAUCUCUGAAGAGUUUUGACUCACUGACAGGUUGUGGUGACAUAAUAGCAGAACAGGAUAUGGAUAGUAUGACAGAUAGCAUGGCCUCUGGAGGCCAGAGGGCCAACCGAGAUGGAACCAAACGAAGUUCCUGCUUGGUGACUUACCAAGGAGGGGGCGAAGAGAUGGCCUUGCCUGAUGAUGAUGAUGAGGAAGAAGAGGAAGAGGAGGUGGAAUUAGAGGAGGGAGAAGUCAAGGAGGAAGAAGAUGAUGAUUUAGAAUAUCUGUGGGCAAGUUCCCAGAUGUACCCGAGGCCCAUACUAAAUCCAGGCUACCAUCCCACCGCAUCCCCAGGCCAUCUUGGCUACAUGCUUCUUGACCCAGUUAGGUCUUAUCCUGGCUCAGCCCCUGGAGAACUUUUGACUCCUCAGAGUGAUCAGCAAGAGUCGGCCCCCAAUAGUGAUGAGGGUUAUUAUGACUCUACUACACCGGGACUUGAGGAUGAUUCAGGUGAGGCCCUGGGGCUUGUCCAUAGGGAUUGCUUGCCCCGAGACAGCUAUAGUGGUGAUGCCCUCUAUGAGUUCUAUGAGCCAGAUGAUAGUCUUGAGAACUCCCCACCUGGGGAUGACUGCCUUUAUGACCUCCAUGGUCACAGCUCUGAGAUGUUUGACCCCUUCUUGAACUUUGAGCCCUUUUCUUCCCCUCGGCCACCUGGGGCAAUGGAGACAGAGGAAGAACGGCUAGUGACCAUCCAGAAACAGUUGCUAUAUUGGGAGCUUCAGCGGGAGCAGCGAGAGGCCCGAGAGGCAUGUGCCCAAGAGGCUCACACCAGAGAGGCCCAUGCUCGAGAGGCCCACACCCGGGAAGCUUAUGUCAGAGAGGCCCGACCUCGAGAGGCCUAUGCCAGGGAGACCUGUGGCCAAGAGGUCCGUGCUCGAGAGGCUCAAGUCCGAGAGGCCCAGGUGCGGCAGGAAAAGCCCAUCAUAGAGUAUCAAAUGAGGCCUUUAGGCCCAUCAGUGAUGGGUCUGGUGGAAGGGGCAUCAGGGGCCUCUCAGACUUCCCACAGAGGAACCACCUCAGCUUUCCCUGCCACUGCAAGCAGCGAGCCAGACUGGAGGGACUUCCGUCCUUUGGAGAAGCGUUUUGAGGGAAGCUGCUCCAAGAAAGAUCAAAGUACUUGCCUGAUGCAACUCUUCCAGAGUGAUGCUAUGUUUGAGCCAGACAUGCAAGAAGCAAAUUUUGGAGGAUCUCCCAGGAGGGCCUACCCUACUUAUUCACCCCCUGAGGAGCCAGAGGAAGAGGAUGUUGAGAAGGAAGGGAAUGCUACUGUGAGUUUCUCUCAGGCCCUUGUGGAGUUCACCAGCAAUGGGAACCUCUUCUCCAGCAUGUCCUGCAGCUCUGACUCUGAUUCAUCCUUCACUCAAAACCUUCCUGAGCUGCCUCCCAUGGUGACCUUUGAUAUCGCUGAUGUGGAGCGGGAUGGGGAAGGCAAGUGUGAAGAAAAUCCUGAGUUCCACAAUGAUGAAGACCUUGCAGCCUCCUUGGAAGCUUUUGAACUGGGCUACUACCAAAAACAUGCCUUCAACAACUACCGCAGCCGAUUCUACCAAGGCCUACCCUGGGGUGUGAGCAGUCUCCCUCGAUACUUGGGACUACCUGGCAUGCACCCUCGUCCUCCACCUGCUGCCAUGGCCCUCAGCAGGAGGAGCCGCUCCCUUGACACUGCUGAGACCCUGGAGCUGGAGCUCUCCAAUUCUCACCUGACCCAAGGCUAUAUGGAGUCUGAUGAGCUUCAGGCCCAGCAAGAAGAUUCAGAUGAAGAAGAGGAGGAGGACGAAUGGGGCCGAGACAGUCCCCUGUCUCUCUAUACUGAACCUCCAGGAUCCUACGACUGGCCUGCCUGGCCUCCCUGUCCUCUUUCAGUGGGACCUGGCCAUGCCUGGAUAAGUCCUAGCCAGUUGGAUGGGCCUUCUAGCCAUCCCUAUGGGCAGGCAGUCUGUUGCAUAUCUCCUCUCACCAUGUCAAUGUUGCUGUCAGUAUCAGGGCCAGAGCCAAGGGCACCUGGGGAAUCCAAGUCUCAGCUAGCUCGGCCUUCGCACCUACCCCUGCCCAUGGGCCCUUGUUAUAACCUCCAGCCAAAGGCCUCCCAAAGUGUGAGGGCCAGGCCUCCAGAUGUGCUGCUGCCUGUUGAUGAGCCCAGUUGCUCCUCCAUUUCUGGAGGCUUCAGCCCCAGCCCUGUGCCCCAGGCCAAGCCUGUGGGCAUUACUCAUGGCAUCCCUCAGCUGCCCAGGAUCCGGCCUGAGCCCCCAGAGCCUCAGCCCAUUCACUAUGGGGCUCCCAGCCUUGACCUGUCAAAGGAGAAGGCUGAGCAAGGUGCCUCUCUCCCCACCAGCUGCUCCUCCACUGCUAUGAAUGGAAAACUAGCUGAGUAGUUAUCAUCAAUUCUGGAGUGAGGGGCAUGGGGCCUGAGCAUGUGAAUGGGGAUAAGGGUUGGGCAGAGGGGUGGGGGUGGGGGUUGCUGUUUAACUUGAAAAUCCUUUUGGCCAAGGAAAGCUCCUAUGAGUUUUCACCUUUGUUUUCCCACUUCCCUUGUCUGCCAUCUGUGGCCACAUUCAGCUCAAGUACAUCUGCCCUGAGAGAUUGCUGCUUCUGUGCUCCAAUUUUUGCUUUUGGGUUUUUUCCUUGUGACCCAUGCAGGGUUUGAGAUGCUCUAAUUUUGUGCCUAUUCUAAUUGCCAAGGUAAUGAUCAUAUAUAUAUACAUAUAUAUGUGUAUAUAUAUAUAUAUGUAUGUAUGUAUGUAUAUAUAUAAUAUAUAUAUAUAUAUAAUAUAUAUAUAUAUAUAUAUAUAUAUAUAUCAUGCAUCCUUGACACAGUCUGAACCCUUAGCACCUCUGCCGUUUCUCCAUCCAGUAGAUGAGCAGCCAGGUCUACACUGCCUCCCACUUGGGGACAAGGAGCUUGUUAGCUUGUUUGCUAUUAGCAGUGUGAAAUUAUGGUACAGAUCCUCCCCACUCCCACUUCCUUUGGUCUUGGCAUAGCUGCCGCCAUCACAUCAGAUGUAUAAUCUAGUAGCCCCAGCUUGCUGUCCUCAGAGAGGAUCAAGUAGCAUGUGUCUCACUGCCUGUUCCUAUGGACUUAGGCAUCAUAACCAGUGAGGGUCUUUUAACCUGGCCUGCUAUAGCUUGGGUUGAAGACAAAAAUGCUAAUUUCCUUAAUGUAAUGACCAAAUUCAUCUAGUUGCAAACAAGACAAAAUAGGGUUAUAUUGUAGACACUACCAUAAGUCUUGAGCUCCAGAAUGAUAGUUUUUUUUUUCCUUCUUUGUUUCUUUAAGCUUGUGACAGCCUGAAUUGCAGAUGCUUUUGAAUUUUGGUUAUUUUUUUCUCCAAAGGAAAUUUUCGUUAUCUCAUUACAAGGAACACAUUCUUUUAAUUGAGAUACGGGAAGAGAAGUGGCCUAAACUAGGCUCGGCUGUAGGGGAUGGGAUUUUUACAGGUUGCAGGAGAAGGAUAGGAAAAGGAGAUUCAUUCAUUCUUUUCAUCAGGAGAGAGGAUUUCAUACAUUGCAGAGCUCAUGUCAACUCAGCUUCUUAAAAGGGAAAAUUGCUUUCCCCCAAAGACAAAACGUUCCUUAAGCCUUGCCCACCCUUUCACUGGAUGCUUUAAAGAGGCUUCAUGCUAGCAUUCCCAAGAGACAGGACACCAAGGGUAUUUAGGUUGCUGUUCCAGUUUUUCUAAAGAGCCUUCAUUUUCCAAUUAGCCAAGUUCUUAGUAUCAUCAUAAGACUGGGCGUCUUGAGAGGAAAGACUGAUCUGCCCUUGCUCUGCCAAGCUGAAGGACUCCGAUUUGUGUGGUAAUUGCAGCCCCUUAUGGAAAGAAUGGCACCCUUAUUUCUGCAUUUACACAGUUUUCAUGUUAAACUAGCUUGGAAAUAUUGGUGAGGAAGAGUUGCUGUCAGGAAGGCAUUGCAACAGGCUAAUCUUGCCAGGCUCUGUCUCUCAUUAAUCACUAAUACGGAGGGGUCCUAUUAAAUUUCACCAUUGGAAAUGGUAUAUGAAACUUUUUACCUAUAUAUGUUGACCCAAAUUAUGAUCCUUGCUCCCUUGAUCCUGUCCCCAUCCUCCACCCAUCUCCAUGCCUAUUAAGAGGUAAACAGGGCUCUUGCUAUUCCAGAAGAGAUGCUGUUGCCUGCCACCCCAAGUCAAGAUGACUUUGUGGGAAAACUGCCCCUUGGCCAUGGGAUGUGUCUGUGCUGGUCUUUGUCACCAUUUUUUGGAUUGGGGUUGGCCCAGUGCCCCUCCCCACAAAAAGUAAACCUGGAUGGUACAAGCUGUACCCCUGGAAGCACCACAUGAAUUUGCAUGGCACCAACACCAACAUUCAAGGGAUGCAGACCAGCUCUCCAGGCUGACUUUGUCUGCAUUAUGAAGAAAUCUGUCAAUCAUGAAGCUGGAGAAUCAAAGAAGGUGAGAAAGGCCCUCCUCAACCCUAGCAAAGCAUUAAGAGAGAAGUGCCCCAAUUCUGGCUUCUCACCAAAGUUGCCCUGGGAGGGUGGGACUAGAAUUGGCCUGGCUGUUUGACAGGAAGGAGACACUCACCAAAUGCCUUUACAACAGGGGAAUGCUCACCACUUGCCUCUUCUGUCUCUGCUUGUCCUUCAGGGCAGCUCAAGCUCCUGUUUGUAUGUAGACUGUGCCAGCCACAGCAGGUAGUAGAGCCAUCACCAACCACCAGAGCCUGCUGGAUCACCAGCCUGUCUGAGAAGAGAAAAAGUAGGUGGUCAAACUUUGGCCAAGGGCUGAGAGCUGCCCUCUGUAGCACAAGGGCAGCAAGAGGUGCCACCUCUGAAGGGGGCAGUCAUAGCCCUGACACACAUUGCUGGGCUCUGGAAAGUCUCAUAUCACAGUAAGUUUUAGGACUGAGCAUCAGCUCAUGGUUUGAACGCUGCUGCCUGCAAGUCCUUUCACUUUCCUGGCCAGCCAGCCCAGAGACAGGAUCCUCACCACCAGAAAUAAGGCAGUCAGGGUGUAUGGCUGCAGAAGCAGGCUCCUUUGAGUCUACUCUAGAUCCAAGCAGUUCAUUUCUGAAUCCCAGCUGUGGCCUAGAAGAGGAAGGAGGACCAGCUGGAGACUUUGUGUGACAGCACAGGGUGACACUGGGAGAGCCAGCCAAGCUCUAGGCCCCUCCCCGAACAUACACCAGUGUUUGCUUGGCUAACACCAAAUAUAUCCCAGGCUAUUAAAUGUGUAGAUGUUAAGUCCACAAAUAAACACCAUUUCAGCAUUGCAAAGUCAAUGUUUUUGGAUGUGACUUCACAAGAAGGUACGACUUGGGAGAAGGUGACUGCUCUUACCUUGCUAUCCAGCAAGCAGGCUUUUAUAUAGUGUCAGAUAGCUCUGAUCCUGAGAAUUCCCAAAUAAGACUAAUCUUAGGGGACCAAUGAAUGGAUAGAGAAGACCACCUAGAACAUCGCUCCCAGGGCUGUCAGUUUCUUUGUUUUAACACCUUCAAGGAAGCCCUGCCUUGGGGCUCUUUUAGGUCCUACCCCAAUCAUCUGGACUCAACUUAGGCAACAGUCCAUGAGCCUUCUGGGCCAGAGGCUUUGGUCAACACCAGUCUUUUCUCCCUCAAUACUGUACCAAGGAGGGAAGUAACUUCCCACACCCAGGGUGCAUUCCCCUCAUCCUGCUGCCAGUGACUUUCCUCCCCUUGCCAGUGCUACCACCCCACCUGCCCUUGGCCCUCAGGCCCAAUUGCUAGAGGGAGUCGGGGUUUAGCAGGGAGACUUCAAGUUUACCCAUGUGUAUGUUACAUCCAAGUUGUUUUUAAUAUAUAUAUAUAUAUAUCAAAAUUCAAUUAUCUAUUUUUGUAUUGUUUGCAUUUUAUAUUCAUGGAAAACAAUGUAUCAAUUGUUCUUUUCUGAUAUAUUUUAUUUUUAAGCGGUGCUGUUUACAGUUUUAGACAAAACUAAGAUGACACAAAAAUUGCUGCUGCUUGUGCAGAGGGCUGGCAUCUCAAUUGCCCAAGACCCUCGCUCUUUCCCCUCUCCCCAUCCCUGAUGUAUCGCACUGUCCAUCCCCUCCCUCCAUGAUAGGGACAGCAUAAGAUGCCCAGGUAUUAAGACAAAUGCCAGGUGACUCAGGCAUGUGGAACCUGGUAGAUAGCAUGUCUUUUUAUGGUUUUAUUUUUUUCUUUCAGACUCACCCUUCCCUGUGUGUAGAUCUUCUAGAAGUACUCAUGUCUGUGUCUCUCUCUUUCCUCUUUAUGUUUUCUGCUCUAGUUUUGAAACUAGAAUGCCCAUGUUUUGCUAUUUGUCAUGUUGGGUUUCUCCAAAGAGCAUUUUGGGGGUAUUCUCCACCCAGUAAGGAGGGCAGGAGAUUUCUCAACUAUUCCCCAUUUCCCCAAGAAGCUGGGGGAGACAAAUGAAAGUGAUGCUUGAACCAUCAGGAAUUGGCCAUCUCAUUGAGGAAACCCUUACAUGGGACUUUCCAAGGAGCUCAGUUGAUUGUGACAUUCACCCAGAAGAGACGUUGGGGAAUUCCUUGACCCCUCUUGCUGCUUUGGGGGAAUCUCUUCCUCUACCACCAUUCCCACUCCCCUGCUGUGCUCCAGCUCACACAUGGAUGGAACUUUGGGGGAACAGUGACUAUUAGGGUGAUGGCUUGCUGGCCUGAUUACCUACUUUUCCAUUAUAUAGUCACUCCAAAGAAGAAAAUUCACAUGGCAUGUGUGUGUGUGAGGACUGGACCUACUGAGAGGCGGGGCUUUAAUUAUUAUUCUUGUUACUAUUGGUGCUUAUUUUCCCUGAUGUAUAUGGGGGUGGGGUGGGGUGGGGUGGGGUGGAGUGGGGUGGUGGACGGUGGGGGGGACCAGGAAUGUAUACUUAGGUCAUGUUAAAUAAAAUGGCUGGGGGACAAAGGAAAGAAGUUGGAAACUGCAGUACAUCCUUACCCCAGGUGUAAGAGUUCUUUCUCUCCCAGUGAAAAAUGGGAAGCAUGGCCCCUGGAUGUGCCCUAGCUUCCCCUUCCCUAUCCCUGAGACAUCAUGGAAUUGCCUGGAUUGUGACCUCUCCAAUCCUAGUUCUCAUUGAUGUCUGGAUAUCUUGAUGCACUGCCUGUUUGUAAUAACAAAUAUUUCUUUUACUGAAUGUUAAUAAACUGGGUUCAAGAGGGACCCCCGGUCACUAAA